AUGGCACCCGGUCGUCUCCGUAGUGACUCCGACAACUCAACGAGCAGGGUUUCAGCGGAGAACGUUACCAGCCACGACCUUUCGUCUGACACUCCCAAUGCAAGGACGCAAUGCAAACUCACGGUCUUCUUCCCUCCCCCGAAAGAAGUCGGCCUCGAUGGGAAGAUCGGCCACGUGGUUAUCAAGCUGGAUCCGGCGCCGUUGCUUUGGAGUGGAAUCGAUGCUGUCCUCCGGCUAACUACGAUAAGGCGAGAGAAAUAUCCAGACGGAAGAGAUGUGACAUACUCCGACGGAAGUGAAGACGAUGAUGGCCCUUUCGCGGAGACGCCUCUGCUAGCUGAAGAAUGGAAGGCGCAUAAAAAGAUCCCCGACAACAUUCCUGCCCCUCGACUAGCCCCUGCGUAUUGA